AUGGAAUUGGCAGACUUUCUUACUUGUUCGGGUACUAUUGCCGAUACACCCACUGCAACACAAGUUUCCAAAGAUUUAGACUUAGUGAAAGCGGUUAUUUGCUGGUUAGCAGAGUUUCCUGGUUCUCCCUAUAAUCCAGAGACAACUGUCCAGGAAUUCGUAGAGGCUCAUUCUUUGCUCAAGGUAUUUGGCAUAUUCAAUCAACACAGACCGUCAAAUUUGCACCCAAUUGUUUUCGACUUCAAAGACAAAAAUAACCCCCAGUUGAGAGGCAGGCCCAAAGUCAAAGAAAACAAAAGCAGUGUGACUAUAGGUAGAUUGCUUCUCGAACAGAUAGACACAAUAGAAAUGUUGGCCAAUACCUUCUUGCUCAACACUGCUUAUAACGGCUACGAUGCCACCAAGGUGAAUUUCAGUAAGGCAAUUCUUUUCGGAAGCUUUCCUGCCAUAGUGGACGUGGCAAAGUUCUUGAUUAGAUUAGGGACUACUUUGGCAGGUAUCUCGUCUAUUGCAAUCAAUGCAAUUAACUUCUUGCAAGAUAGAGACAGGCUAGCUCUACAAACAUAUCUCAAUUCUCAGUCAUACUUUACAGGAACCCUUCAGUCACCGAACAGUAGCGCAACAGCCAAUUCAGUCAAUUCAUCUACUCCUUACGUUCCCACUGGUGAUCCCAGGAAAAUAGCUACGAUUGCUAGGGCCAAUGCAUUGAUCCAGUCGUUGCAUUGGGAAAUAUCUGUGCUAGAUGAAAUCAUCUACAGCUCUAUGAAAAAGCUCCACGAAAUACCAGCAAAGACGAAAGUGAAAACAGAAAAAUGA